AUGGCUGCCAAGAAUCCCUUCGGAUUCACGACAGGCCCGGUCACCUUCUGGCUGAUUGUCGUCUACGCAGCCUUCCUCAUACCCCUCGUUUGGAUCCACGAAUCCGUGCCGUCUGUUCCCAGCCACAAUCCCUACGCUGGCGUCAACGUAUCCGAGGCCUGGCAAGACUUGACACACAUCACCAAGAACUACCAUCCUUACAACAGCCGCGCCAAUGACGAGGUCGGCGCGUACCUUUUAACAAGGAUCGAGGAGAUCUUGACCCGCAACGGAGUCGACUGGUCCAAGGAGAAGGAUGCUGGCGGCGUCGUAUGGCCUCAAGAUGUACAUGAUACACCAGCUCUUCCUCGCAAAGAUGCCUUUGAGCGUGCUUCAACUGGUCCCGCAGUAACCGUCUUCGACGACAUAAUCUCGAACGUGACCUAUGCUGGCACCUCUGGCCCACUCGGCCAACCUGGUUCUUCUGCUUACGCUACUUACUUUGAGGGCACGAACAAGCUUGUAUAUAUUCGCGGCACGGAAGACGAAGACGGCGAAUGGUGGAGGGGCAAACGUGACGCACGAAAUAUUGGCCAAGGCGGCGUUCUCGUCAAUGCUCAUUACGACUCAGUGUCCACUGGCUAUGGAGCCACUGACGAUGGCAUGGGCUGUGUAAGCGUUCUCCAGAUGCUCAACUACUUUACUUCUCCUGGCCACCAGCCGAAACGUGGAGUUGUGCUGUUGCUUAACAACGGCGAAGAGGACGGCCUGUACGGAGCCAAGGCCUAUCACUACAGCCCCCUCUACCACUUCACUACCUCCUUUGUGAAUCUUGAGGGUGCUGGUGCGGGUGGGCGAGCCAUCCUAUUCCGAACCACUGAUUUGGAGGUGUCCAAGGCCUACGCGAAUGCCCCCCACCCUUUUGGAUCCGUUGUUGCGGCGGACGGCUUCAAGCUUAGAGCGAUUAGGAGCGAAACGGAUUACAAGGUGUGGGUCGAGAACUUUGGACAGCGCGGCCUCGACAUAGCAUUCUAUCGACCCCGGGCACGGUACCACACCAAUCAAGACGAUGCCCGGCAUGCGUCGCAAGACAGCCUUUGGCACAUGCUUUCCAACGGCCUGGCUGCUGUUGACUCCCUACAGAAGACCACGGGCUCCUUCACUGGUAAACGAAAUGACGGUGACAAGAAGAAGGUUUCGAGCGGCUCCGGCACCGAUGGUGUGUGGUUCGAUAUGUUUGGAAAGGGAUUCGGAACUCUUGAGCUUCGUGGCCUCUUCGCGUGGACAUUGACUUUGCUCAUUGUGUCUCCCCUAAUCCUGGUUCUCGUCACCUACCUUCUGUCUAGACAGGACAAGUACUACUUUUUUUCGCGCAAUGUCAAGCUCGAUUUUGACGACGAAUCGAUUCCUCUCGGUGGCUGGAAGGGCUUCUUCCGCUUCCCCCUCGCUCUCGUUUUCUCGGGCGCGAUUACGGUCCUCUCCGCCCUCUUGAUCCGGAGACUCAACCCUCAGGUUGUUUCUAGCAGUCCCUACGCAGUCUGGGCAAUGACUUUCUCCCUGUUCUUCAUUGUAUUCUGGACGAUCUCGCGAGGCGCCAAUGCCGUCAGGCCGAGCGCUCUUCAGCGUGGGUACGCCCAUAUCUGGCUAUUCAUCAUGAGCUGGGCUAUCCUCGUUGCUGUUACGACCGCGGCCGACAGAUUUCAGAUUGCUUCGGGCUACCUCUUCGCGUUCUUUCAUUCCGCCGUCUUCAUUGCGACGCUCAUCACUCUCUGCGACCUGUUCACUCUGCCAAGCAAGAGAGCCUAUGCAGAGACGGCGCAUGACGAUCAGCAGGUCAGGGAUAACAUAUCCGAGGUUCCAAACUCUGACGCGUUGAUCUCCCCGAGUCCGCACGAAGAAAGCGCUGCAGAAGAGCCUACGGAAACAACGCCGCUUAGGAGUGGCGAGAAUACCAGUGGAAACAAUGGCACGAUACGGACGACAUUUGCAACAACCUACAGACGCUCGCUCUCGGCGAUUUUGUCUAACCCAGAUGACGAUGCUCAUGAGGAGACCAAGGAAACAGAGAAGCGACCCUAUGAGAAAGAACAACCGUGGUCAGCGAAGCUCCCAUCUUGGACCUGGUUUUUCCAACUGCUUCUACUUGCCCCGAUCACCAUCAUCGUUUUUCUCCAAGUCGCUCUAUUCAUCACCUCAGCCAUGCAGUCCAUUGGAGCCGAUGGCGUGGAUCCUUUGCUGCUCUACACCGCGAUCGCCGUCUUCAGUAUUCUUAUCCUUUUGCCUCUUACUCCCUUCAUCCACAGAACGAGCUACUACGUGCCGCUGGCCCUGCUGUUCGUUUUCCUCAUCAGUCUCAUCUACAACCUGGCUGCCUUUCCUUUUUCCGCGAACAACCGCUACAAGGUCAAGUUCCUGCAGCAUCUAGAUCUGGAUCACGGGAACUCUUCAGUUUCGAUUCUCGGCCUCCAGAAGUACGCACGCAAAAUGAUCGACGAGCUGCCAUCUGCGGCAGGUCGGGAAGUCAUUUGCGAACCAUCCUCUGGCUUGCUAUCCGAAUGUCGGUUUGAUGGAUCUGCGGUAAUGCCCAGACUGCCAGAGCUCAAGAGCACUUUCUCUGCUGAUUUCAUGUCUUUGGCGGAUCCGUAUAAACACCUUAUUACUGUUAACAUCAGCCACUCAAACUCGACCAACGAGUAUUCGCUUUGCAUAGACGCCCCAGAGUCAAAGCAAUGCACUCUUAAUUUCGACAACGGGGUGACGUUCGACAUCCGGGAAAGCGCCGGCAUCGACCCCCUCUUCAGUGGACCGACUGAAGGAGGCGUAAACGGUAUUACGCUCUGGCGGAGGGACUUAUCUAUUCCAUGGACAGUGGACGUCAAACCGGCCGAAAAGCUCUCACUGGCGGCGGUAGCAGGCUCCGGUAAGCCAAGUAUCGAGAAAGCUCACGAUGAACUCCGGGUUCGAAAGCCUGCAGGGUUCAGCGGAAUAAUCUCGUGCUCUUGGAGCGAUGCCAACGUUCGCGGGACGAUCCCUGCCUUGGAUGAAGCUUUGCAAUUUGCCCCUGACUGGAUCGCCGUCACAAAGCAGGAUGUAGGCCUGGUCAAGGCAUCCAAAAGCUUCAAAGUAUGA